AUGAUCAACAACAACAACCCGCAUCAACAACCAUUCAACCCUCUUCCGCCUUCUUCUUUGGUACAGCCAUCACAAUUUGUUUCUCCACCUCCUCCACCUCCUCAUCAAUUAACGUCAUCCUUUCAUGUUCCAUCAGGAACCACAUCUUCAAAGAAGGACGCUGGAACGACGAAGAAGAAGGGACGGCCAUCUUCAAAAACAUCAACUUCAGCAACAACCAUCAAUCAACAACCACAAAUUCAAGCACCUUCGUCGUCUUCAUCGGGAAUGGUUGCUUCGUCAUCAUCUGCAUCGGGAGAGAUCAAUGAAGGAGAGUAUAGUUUUGAUUUACCUAGGACGAACGUUUUACGAGUGAUUAGAAGAGCAAUUCCAGAGGAAAUUGCCUUAUCCAAUGAUUCUAAAUUAGCGUUCGCGAAAGCUGCAGUUGUAUUUAUCAUGUAUUUGACAGCAACUGCUCAAGAGGAAGCAACGAAACAUAAACGAUCGACACUUACAGCUGAUGAUGUCUUGGAUGCAUUGGAUACUCUCGAACUGGGUGACUACAAGGAAGAGCUUGUUCGAACUCUACAUCAAUACAGAUUAAACCAAAAAGCAAAAAAAGAUAAAUCAACAAAGAGAAAAAAAGGAGACGAAGCUGAUGACAUGUAA